AUGGAUGGAGGAAGCUCCAUCAACAUUCUAUACUACGAGACCUUCCAGCGGCUUGGCUUGCCAGACUCACGCCUUGAAAACACCAAGGUCACGUUCCAUGGCAUCGUCCCUGGGCACAAGGCCUUCCCAAUCGGCAAGGUCACACUACCGGUCACCUUCGGCACACCCGUGAACUACCACACUGAGCGGAUAACGUUCGAGGUGGUCAACUUCCGCAGCUCCUAUCACUACGUGCUCGGCCGACAGGCGUUCGCCCGGUUCAUGGCCGCACCUCACUACGCCUACAACAUGAUGAAGAUUCCCGGGCCCCGCGGCAUCAUCACCGUCCACGGCGACCCGGAGAUGGCGCUGGAAUGCAAGGAUAGCAGCGCCAAGCUCGCCGACGCCGUCAUCGCCGACGAACACGACAACACCGCCGAGCACGCCAACCUCAACCACGCAUGUCCCAAGGACCUAUUCGUCCUGCCGCGAAUCGACCAGAUUAUCGACGCGGUCGCAUGGUUGGAGUCGCUAUGCUUCCUCGACGCCUACUCCGGGUACAAUCAAAUAAAAAUGGCGAAAGAAGACCAAGAGAAGACAACGUUCAUCACGCCACUUGGUGCUUACUAUUACACAUCCAUGACUUUCGGCCUCAAAAACGCCGGAGCAACAUACCAACGGUGCAUGAACAGUUGCCUAGAGAGCCAAAUCGGCCGCAACGUACACGUCUACAUAGACGACGUGGUAGUCAAGUCGACUCGGCAGGACGACCUCAUCGCCGACCUCACCGAGAGGUUCCCCAACCUACGACGUUACAAGAUCAAGCUCAACCCUCUGAAAUGCACCUUUGGGGUCCCGUCGGGACAACUACUCGGCUACGUCGUCUCCAAGCGCGGCAUCGAGCCCAACCCAAAGAGAACCCUGGCGGUCAUGCGAACCAAACAGCCAACUUGCUUGGUCGACGCACAGAAACUCGCCGGGCGAGUCGCGACCCUCAGUCGCUUCAUACCCAGACUCGGCGACGAGGCCACGCCACUCUAUCGCCUCCUCAAGAAGUCGGAAUCGUUCGAGUCGACAGAAGAAGCACAAAGGGCCCUGGAAGAGCUCCAACACGCCCCGCGGAACGCCCCUGUCCCCGCGGCCCCACUGCCACAAGAAACUAUGCUACUGUACAUCGCUGCAUCCAAUAGCGCGAUAAGUGCGGUCAUGGUCGUCGAGCGCAAGGAGGAAGGAAAAGAACAACUGAUACAACGCCCAGUCUACUACAUCAACGAGGCCCUAAUUGACUCAAAGCAACGUCUCGGCGACUCCGACCUCGUCGCCAGCCAGACGUCCGGCACCUGCGACGCCACCGACGCCAACAUGAUCGCCUACAAACGAGCGGUCGACCAGGCCGGCGCCAGCUUCGCCGGUCACGUUGUCGAGUGGGUUGACAGGCACAAGAAAGAAGAAGCAGACGCGCUAGCCAAACUCGGGUCCAAGCGACUCCAACCCCCUCCAGGCGUCUUCCUCGACAUCCUCAGCCACCCCUCGGUGCGCGUACCUCGGGAGCUGGACAUCGCCGAGCCUCCCGCGCCCGACUCCGUCCUAGUCGCACUCGCCUCCGAUGCCAGCGACUGGACGGAGCCGUACCUACGCUACCUCGAACGCCAGGUGCUGCCAAUGGACGAAACGGAGGCACGUGCGCUCGUACGCCGAUGCAAGUCUUUCACCAUCAUCAACAACGAGCUCUACAAGCGCAGCACCUCGGGAGUAUUUCAGCGGUGCGUCGGCGCUGACGAAGGACGCAAGAUCCUGCGCGAUAUCCACGCAGGAGACUGCAGCCACCACGCAGCCCACGAAGAUGCAGUCGCCCUCGUUCGCGCGUGCGCCGGAUGCCAGAAGUAUGCAAGUCAAUCGCACAUGCCCGGAUCGGCGCUGAAGACCAUACCCCUCACUUGGCCGUUCGCCGUCUGGGGCCUGGACAUGGUGGGAAAAUUCAAAACAGCCCCCGGUGGGUACACUCACCUCUUAGUUGCGGUGGACAAGUUUACCAAGUGGGUCGAAGCAAAACCCAUCAAGAAGUGCGACGGAAAGACAGCCACCAAGUUCCUACGCGAGCUUAUCUACCGCUAUGGCUACCCUCAUAGCAUCAUAACCGACAACGGCACAAAUUUCGCCAAAGGGGAGAUGGCCGACUUCUGUGAAGACAAAGGCAUCCGACUCGACCUCGCGUCGGUCGCAGACCCCGAGUCGAAUGGGCAGGCGGAAAGAGCGAACCAGAGCAUCCUUCAUGGAAUCAAGCCACGACUGAUGGUGCCCCUGGAGCGCGCAGCCGGAUGCUGGGCAGAAGAACUCCCCUCCGUGCUGUGGGGCAUUCACACAACGCCAAACAGGUCGACCGGCUUCACGCCCUUCUUCCUAGUGUACGGCGCCGAAGCGGUCAUGCCCACGGACAUUGCCUACGACUCGCCACGGGUCACCAACUACGCCGAAGAAGAAAACGAACGCGCUCGCCAAGAUGACAUCGACCUCCUCGACGAGGCCAGGGACCUUGCACUCUCCAGGACUGCCAUCUAUCAGCAAGGCCUUCGCCGCUACCACAGUCGUCGCGUUCGCAGUCGCUCCUUCCAAGACGACAAAGGCGAACCACUCACCAGAGAGGUGGAGCGCCCCUGGAACAUCAAUCUCCUCCGCCAGUUCUACACCUAA